AUGCAUAACAUUCAAGAAAAUGUGAAGAAUCCGCCAGCUGAGCUCAAGAAAGUAACAGUGAGAGAUGCAGUGAGAGGUGCAGGAGCAGUGAGAGAUACAGUGAGAUUAGCAAGAGCAGUGAGAGAUGCAGUGAGAGGUGCAGGAGCAGUGAGAGAUACAGUGAGAGGAACAGGAGCAGUGAGAGAUGCAGUGAGAGGUGCAGGAGCAGUGAGAGAUGCAGUGAGAUUAGCAGGAGCAGUGAGAGAUGCAGUGAGAGGUGCAGGAGCAGUGAGAGAUGCAGUGAGAUUAGCAGGAGCAGUGAGAGAUGCAGUGAGAGGUGCAGGAGCAGUGAGAGAUGCAGUGAGAUUAGCAGGAGCAGUGAGAGAUGCAGUGAGAGGUGCAGGAGCAGUGAGAGAUGCAGUGAGAUUAGCAGGAGCAGUGAGAGAUGCAGUGAGAGGUGCAGGAGCAGUGAGAGAUGCAGUGAGAUUAGCAGGAGCAGUGAGAGAUGCAGUGAGAGGUGCAGGAGCAGUGAGAGAUGCAGUGAGAUUAGCAGGAGCAGUGAGAGAUGCAGUGAGAGGUGCAGGAGCAGUGAGAGAUACAGUGAGAGGUGCAGGAGCAGUGAGAGAUGCAGUGAGAUUAGCAGGAGCAGUGAGAGAUGCAGUGCGAGGUGCAGGAGCAGUGAGAGAUGCAGUGAGAGGUGCAGGAGCAGUGUGAGAUGCAGUGAGAGGUGCAGGAGCAGUCAGAGAUACAGUGAGAUUAGCAGGAGCAGUGAGAGAUGCAGUGAGAGGUGCAGGAGCAGUGAGAGAUACAGUGAGAGGUGCAGGAGCAGUGUGAGAUGCAGUGAGAUUAG